AUGCAAUCCAUCAAGCCCGAUAUCCUCGAUUCUCCCUUUCAUCUCGCCGAUCCCGAUAUUCUCUCUCGUGUGGUUUGGAAACGAAUUGCAAACAAAAACUGGCUCGUUACCACGGCGUCCGUCGCAGCAGCUGAAGCUCUUGUAGCCCCUGAAGCGACAGAGGGUGCAGACGCCACCGCGAAGGGUGUGGAAGCCGAUCCGACUCUUUUUGAGGUCGCCGAGAUCCAUGCAAUUGCCACGGUCGCCACCGAUGGAUGUUAUCUGAGCCCGGAUGGUGGCUUCCCGACUGCGGGUGGCCCUGGCGAAUUGGCCAAAAUCGCCUUGACUUUCCAAGCGACGGCCCCGCGGGUCGGAAGCAAGUACGCGGCGGCUUAUACCAAGUCAUUUGGCGCACUCCGCCAAAUCGUCGACCUGGCGAGGACUCCAACGUACGGUUACAAAGGGACCCUCGACUGGAAAAGUUUGCGUCCUGGUUUCAAACUCCGACAUGCUCCUUUUCGUAUUCCGGAUGCCGGUGACGAUGAUGACAAAGGCUCGUACGAAUUGAGCGAGUGGCCUGUCAAAAGUGAGCUGGCCCGCGAAGGGAUACAAAGCAUGGAAGGCAAAUACGUGGUGGACCGUUUGUGUGCGUAUGAUUUUGAUGGGAGGAUUAUCGCCCCGGAGGAUUACACGAAGAAACUCCCGGGUGCUUCAAUCGCGGUCACUUUCAAUAUGACCCACUAUUCGUUCACGAGCCAGCAACAAGACACAUUCGUUGCAGACAUCGUCAAGAUACGCGUCAUCGAGUCGCAGGUUGCUCCGCCGCCUAGCCCGAGGAAGCGUCGACCGGUGGUUCCUGACAUGGAUGAGAGCCCGAAGAAGAAGAAGACGAGAGCUGCUGGAGCUUAG